UUCAGCCCCACCCGCGCAGGAAUUGUGGGAAGACAUGGCAGCUUCCGGUGCUUGUUUUGAGUGAGUUUUCCGCACAGUAAAGUCAACACUUUAAAGGAUCUAUAGAGUUAAAAGAGCUUCACAAAUUUAUCAGUGCCGCGGUUCGGUCCGGUUCGGGAUGGAGGAGAGCGGUAGUGUGGACAGUGUGGAGUCGCUUUGCAGCACCACCACGACUCGCUCGGACCGCUCGAGUGUCACUAGAGUGUCGGAUGCAGAGCUGCAGACUAAAGGAAGAGCAUUUGAAAAGGCCUAUAUGGACCCCAGUAAAAAAGAGCUUCCUCUUUUGCCCGAGGAACUGAUUCAGGAUGCGGCUAAAGACGUGACUUAUAUUUGUCCAUUUGUUGGGCCUGUUAGAGGAACUCUAACUGUUACCAACUACAGACUGUUCUUCAGAUGCACUGACCGGGAGCCAGCAUUCGUGCUAGAUCUACCGUUGGGAGUUUUAAGCAAAGUAGAGAAGAUCGGAGCUGCAACCAGCAGAGGAGAUGCCUCAUAUGGACUUGUCUGCAAGGAUGUGAGAAACUUGCGCUUUGUGCACAAGGAGCCUGACGACUCGUUGAAGAAGUCAGUGUUUGAGGUUCUGAUGAAAUUUGCUUUUCCAUUGUCCAACAACAUGUCUCUCUUUGCAUUUGCAUAUAAGCAAGUGUUUCCUGAGAACGGAUGGAAGGUGUAUGAUCCACAAGCUGAAUACAAGAGACAGGGUCUUCCAAAUGAGAGCUGGAGGAUCUCUAAAGUGAAUGAUCACUAUGAGCUGUGCGAUUCAUACCCAGCGGCGCUAGUUGUCCCUGUUAACAUCACUGAUGAGGAACUGAGGCGAGUCUUCAGUUUCAGGGCUAAAGGUCGCAUACCGGUGUUGUCAUGGAUCCACCCAGAGAGUCAAGCCGCAGUGGUUCGGUCCAGUCAGCCGAUGGUUGGCCAGAAUGGCCGGCGGUGCAAAGAAGACGAGAAGCUCCUGCAGGCCAUCAUGGAUGCAAAUGCACAAUCACACAAACUCUUCAUAUUCGAUGCCAGACCCAGUGUGAAUGCUGCAGCCAACAAGAUGAAAGGAGGUGGGUAUGAAAGUGAAGAUGCUUAUCAGAAUGCUGAACUGGUGUUUCUGGAUAUUCACAAUAUUCACGUAAUGCGUGAGUCACUUCGGAAGCUGAAGGAGGUUGUCUACCCCAACAUCGAAGAAUCGCACUGGCUGUCCAACCUUGAGUCCACCCACUGGCUAGAACAUAUCAAGUUGAUUUUGGCAGGAGCUUUAAGGAUAGCUGAUAAAGUGGAGUCUGGGAAAACUUCAGUGGUGGUUCACUGCAGUGACGGCUGGGACAGAACGGCUCAGCUGACCUCACUGGCCCUGAUAAUGCUGGAUUCUCAUUACAGAACCAUACGGGGGUUUCAGAUUCUUCUGGAGAAAGAAUGGCUCAGCUUUGGCCACCGCUUCCAACUGAGGGUGGGUCAUGGUGACAAGAAUCACACGGAUGCCGAUCGCUCGCCUAUCUUCCUGCAGUUCAUUGACUGUGUCUGGCAGAUGACAAGACAGUUUCCUGCAGCUUUCGAGUUCAAUGAGUAUUUCCUCAUAACAAUACUAGAUCACCUGUACAGCUGCCUUUUUGGAACAUUUCUAUGUAACAGUGAGCAACAAAGACUCAAAGAGGAAGUGCCGAAGCACACUGUGUCUCUAUGGUCAUUUGUGAAUAGCCAACUAGAGGAGUUUGUGAAUCCGCUGUAUGUGCACUACCCUUCCCAUGUGCUCUUCCCCACUGUUGGCAUACGACACCUCCAGCUCUGGGUCUCCUACUACAUUCGCUGGAAUCCUCGGAUGCGCCCACAGGAGCCUGUCCAUCAGCGCCAUAAAGAGCUGCUCGCCAAAAGGGCGGAGCUUCAGAAGAGGGUGGAAGAGCUACAACGUGAGGCAACCAAUCGAACGGCCUCUUCAUCUUCUGAGAGGGCCGGAUCUCCGACUCGCUCUAUCACACCUGUGCAAACCUUUGUAUAAGGUCCCUAUACACUAACAGAAAGAGUGUGUGAGCACGUGUCAUGUAGUCCUCACAUUACUUGAAGUGAUACACAACUGAUGUAAAUUCACACACUAACAUUCACCUCGCUGCUACCAGCUGGCUGGAUGUAAGAAGCUUUUAAUCACUAAAACUGCUCAAUUUUGGUAUUAUAUUAAUACAUUUAUUAUUAAGACUAGUAGUGAGGCAUUAAGACAUGUUAGAAACAUAUUAGGGAUUAUAAUGGAUAAGCUAUAUAUCGUAGUAAAACUGAGUGGAGGACAUGCUCUGCUAUUGAGCAUCACAUGACCAAAGCAGUGUAAUGUCACUGGGAUUCUGCCUACAUCACCUUGAUGUUGAGGAAGUUGCGGCGAGUCUUUUGGGCCUUAGCCUUUUAUGUACAGAAUUCUGUCUUUACUUGAAAUUCUAAACUUUCUUAGGCUCAUUUCAGAUGACAUUAUUCACAUAAUCAGUGAUACAGUCCUGUUCAUUCCAUGAAAUAGUUCACCCAAAAAUGAACAUUCUCUCAUGAUUUAUUCACCCUCAUGCCAUUCCAGAUGUGUAUGUCUUUCUUUCAUCUGCAGGACAAAAAUUAAGAUUUAGAAGAAUUUCUCAACUCUGUUGGUCCUCACAAUGCAAGUGAAUGGUUACCAAAAUUUUGAAACUCCAAAAUCCACAUAAAGGAAGCAUAAAAGUAAUCCAUAAGACUCCAGUGGUUAAAUCCAUGUGUUCAGACAUGAUAUGAUAGGUGUGGGUGAGAAACAGAUCAAUAUUUAAGUAAUUUCUUUGUCAUAAAUUCUCCUCUCUGCCCAUUAGGGGGCGAUAUGCAUUAAGACUGUGAAUCACCAAAAACAGAAGAAGAAUGACUGAGCAGGGUUGAGAAUUUAUAGUAAAAAAAUUUACUUAAAUAUUGAUCUGUUUCUCACCCACACCUAUCAAAUUGCUUCAAAACAGUCGUCUGGAGCACUUUUAUUUUGCCCUUAUGUGGAUUUUGGUACAUUUUGGCACCCAUUCACUUACAUUGUAUGAAUCUAUAGAGCUGAGAAAUUAUUCUAAAAAUCUUAGCUUGUGUUCAGCAGAAGAAAGAAAGUCAAACAUCUGGGAUGGCAUGAGGGUGUAAAUCAUGAGAGAAUUUUAAUUUUUGGAUGACCAAUCCCUUUAAGUAUGUUGACACUAAUUUAAUGGGUAUCUGUUGGCAUUCAUCACCACUAGGUGGUGCUGUGCUACAAGAGAAUCUACAGCAAUCAACACCUGCAGUAUCUUUAUCUUCACAACGGAUGGUAUCUUUUGUUCAUGUGGGGUUACAACAUAUAUAUAUAUAAUUAAUAGCAAGAUAACAGAAUGUCACAUGUAUGUAUGCGAGACCCUGUCAUGCGAAUUUAUGUACGAAAUUAUACACAGGAGCCAUUUGGUCCAAGAGCUGCAGAAGACAUCAGCUAUGAUUCUAAACAUGAGAUUUUAAGUGGUAAUCUCUGUUGAUCCAGCGUGGAAUAAAUACAUGGAAAGCACAAAUGUCUUAUGCUGCAUCUUCAGAGCUUCCUGACAUUAUUCCCAACUGGCCCCACAAUACGUCAAGUGUCUGACUUACUAUUAUGCCUUUGAAACAUGGUCCCGUUGCUGUAUUUCUUUACCUACUGCUUGAUUGUUGACUGGAGAAAGGUGAGGCUGACUGAAUUCCAAGUGUUCACAUGGUGUUGUUUUAUAUUUGUCAUGAAGCAUAUGCUUUUAAUUCAAAGUAACUUUACCCAGUAAAGAAUGUGGGGUUAAAAACCAUGCAAAGCUUUUUGCUCAGUGAGGUAUUCUAUUUCGCUAUGCUGCAGAAUAUUCUGGAGUUCUAAUGCAAGUUCAAUCGACAGCGUUUGUGGUGUAAUAUUAACACACAAAUGUAUUUAGACUCGUCCCUCCUUUUCUUUAAAAAAACAAAAAGCACAAAUCUGGGUUACAGUGAGGCACUUACAAUGGAAGUGAAUGGGGCCAAUUUUCAUUUUUUAAAAUACUUUUUCAAACGUAUAGACACAAGACAUAAAAUGUAUGUUAAAAUGAUUUUAGUUUAAUAAAUCACUUACUAACCUUUUCUGUGUAAAGUUAUAGCCAAUUUUACAACUUCAUUAUCAUGACAAUGUCAUGUCAACAAACCCUAAAAUGACGAUUUACACAACUUUACAACUAAAUUAAUAGUCUUUACUGAAGAAUUAAUGUAAGUGCUUUUAUAAAAUGUAAAGCUUCACAUUUCUGUGUUUAAACCCUCCAAAAAUUGGCCUCAUUCACUUAGUGAAGUAAUGCCUCACUGUAACCUCAAUUCUUGCUUUUUUUUUAUUAUUAAAGAAAAGGAGGCAUGAGUCUAAAUUAAUUUUUUGUGGUAAUCAACAUUAUGCCACAAAUGCUGUCGAUUGAGCUUAACUUGUACUGAAUCCAGAACAUUCCUUUAAACAUUCUGUCUCCUAAUUCAAAUUAGGUAAGUACAAUCAAAUGUGUUAAAACACUUUUAAUUACACAUAAGUGACACAUUCAAUUACAUGUUGACUCAAUCAUCAGGAUCUUUAAACAUGUACAUAUAUAUAUAUAUAUAUAUAUAUAUAUA